AUGGCCCGCUGGCUGGGCUCACCAAUCUUCCUGCACCUGCAGACUGACCUGCCAGCCUCAGCACCUUCCCGCCCUGGGACAGCCUCGUCCAGGACAGCCAUCGCCGGCCAAGCAGCCAUGGGCCCCUGGGCGGGUGCCCUGGCCAGCUCAGGUCUCGUCCUCCUGGUGUCCCUCACAGCCCACUGCUCACGCCUCCAGGCUGAGGGCUUCUUGCAGGGCGGGCUGGAUGAAGAUGGAGUCAGCCAAUGGGCCAGGGCCAAUGCCUCCCUUCUGCAUGGCUUCUGGUGCCAGCCGGCCAGCCGGCUGAACCGCGACCAGCUGUCGGCUCUGGUCCGGAGGAUGGAGGCCCAGCACGUUGUCCUGGAAGCCUGGCAGCUCAGCUGCCUGGCCAACCUCGUGGGGCAUCAUGGUCUCCAGGAUGAUUUUGAGCAACACCCGCCAGACCUGCUGCUCUUCUACAACCUAACCCAGGUGACAGGGAACUGCCAGGCCUUCACACGCCGCGCGGGUCAAGGGGACACAGAGCUGCUGGUCAACCUUCCUGAUCAGAGGGUCGCCCUACAGCACAAGGCCCUGGACUGCCUGGGAGGGUCCCUCCCGAGGCUCAACACCUCAGACCUGGUUCUGCUUGGAGGCCUGGUGUGUGACAUGGACGUGGCCAGCAUCGUGGCUGCCAACCCCCGGGUCCUGCAGAACCUGCAGCGCUGCUCCCGGCUGACUGCCGCCCAGCAGGAUGCCCUCAACACACUGCUGGCCAGCGGAAGGACUGUGCUCGGGCCCCCGAGCUCCUGGACCCUGGAGGGGCUGCAGGCUCUGGGACCCCUGGCCACACACAUCAGCCCCCGGCUAUGGAUGCAGGUGCCUGAGGCCACAGGCCUAGAUUUCUUCCGCAGCAUGGUGGCUGCGUACCGGGAUGGCCAGCUUGGGCCUCGUGAUACCAGGCGGUUUGUCAUCAGCUUCCUCGAGGCCAAGGCCCAAGUGGCGUCACCAAGGUCCAGACGGGGCACAGGGAGAGCCUGCAUCCGCGGUGACAUCACGGCAGCCGCCCUGCAGGAUGACCUCUUCCUGGUGCACUACGACUGCCCACAGAUUGAGUCCUGCCUGGGCAGCCGUGUGCUCCGGGCCAACCUGAAUCCGCUGCUCCAGCACCCACUGCCAGCCGAGUGCCAGCGCAUUGUCAAGGCUAAGCUCGGCCAGGUCUACCCACACGGCAUCCCUGAGGACCAGCUGCGGGUCAUCACCUCACUGGUCUACCUGUACUCGGGGGCUGAGAUCAGCCGGUGGAACAUCACGUCCCGAGACACCGUCCUGGCCCUGCUGGCAGCAGACGUGGCCCUGGACAACCAGACUGAGGCCAUCCUACAGGAGUUCCUGGACCGCAAUGGCUCACUGACCGGCCCGCUGCUCGUAGCCAUCGGGGGCGCCCGUCUCUGUUGGAUGAGUCCUCAGCAGAUCCAGACCAUCCAGCCCUCCGAGUUCCGGCUGGCAGGGGCCCUGGACAUCUCCACCUGCCCGCAGAGCCGGAAGAACGUCCUCUAUGCCAAGGCCCGCGAGGCCUUCGGCGGCUCCACCACGACUGCCGCCUACUACCGCUUCAUGCGCCCCUAUCUCGGUGGCGCCCCGGUGGAGGAACUGCAGCACCUGGCCCAGGCCAACGUCUCCAUGGACAUUGACACCUUCACCAACCUCAACCCCCGGGUGCUGCAGAGCCUCAGUGUGGACAAUGUGACAACGCUGUUGGGUCAGAAUGUGGGGGACCUCCAGAAGGCUCGCAGCCACCCCACCAUCAGCUCCUGGCUCCGUAGUCUGAACAGCUCGGCCCUGGGCGAGCUGGGCCUGGACGCCAAUGUCGCCAGCACCAUCGGCCCGGCCUCCAUGACCCACAGGACCUCAAACACCAAGCCCCGGCCACCCCUCCUGGCCCUCCCCUCAGGCCUGCCCGCGAACGGCGCUGAGGCCCACACCUCAGGCAGCCCUCGGACACCCCUGGGGUCCCUGCCGCUCAUCCUGGUCCUGCCCUCCAGCCUCCUGUGGUUGCUGCACCGGGCACCCCUGAGCACCCCCAGGCCUGCUUACAGCCUGCCAGGAACUCGCUCCAUGGCCUCUUCAGGCAGCCCUGCUCCAGGGCGGCCAGGCCCGCGGGCAGAGCACACAGGGCGGGGCAGGCUCGCAGGCGCAGCUGGGCCAGGGGGCCUGGGGGCCCUGCAGGCCCCACUCAUCCCUGGCCUCCAGGACCUGGAGCUGGAGUGA